CAACUUUUAUUAUAAGACCAACCACAAAAUCGCGAAAAAAAAAUCUUCCGUCCCUUACAUUUCGGUGUCACAUGUCGACGUUUUCUAUGGAACAGCAGAUUUUUUGUUCGCAGUUUCGGGGUGGUCCCAUAGUAACAUUUGAUCAGUAUGACCUACAUAUCCUCCCCACAGUGUAUGGUCAGAUAUAAAGAAAUCACGCUGUAUGCUCAUAGUAUAUUACUAAAAUACCAACUCAGUGCUAUAUAAAUAUUAAAAUCACCAUUAAGAUACCAUGGCCAAUUAACAUUUUUAUACUGCCGAAAGUAGGUACUUCGGUAACAGUUAUUUCAUUUAAAUGAUGUAAUUAAUUAUGAGGUAAGAGUGUAGGUACUCUAAAAUUUCAAGCACUUUUUAUUUACCAAGUUAGUAACCUCACAGUAGAUAGUGUUUAGUAGACCGACCCGUCGACCGACCGUAAGAUAUCUAGAUUAAUCUAGAAGCCCACGUUUGAAAAAAGUUUUUUUUUUUCUCACCAAUAUUAUCAUUGGAGUGCAACUCGUCUCAACGUCUCUGCAAACCAUCAAGCGGGCCCUAUGCCCGUUUGCGUUCGACGAGUUAUGACUGAACUUAUCGUAGGAAGUGAGAGGAUGCACGAGAUCUAUUUCAGUCCCAAAUCAAAUCUUUGCGCCCAUCCCACGUGCAUUGCGAAUUCCUUGCACCGAGGCGGCGCAUGGAGCAAACAAGGGACAUUUUUAUCAUACAUAAUGAUGCUGUUAUCAAGUGGUCGCCUACAUAACACCGCGCUCAGCUCAGUCGAGUCUCCGCGACCAUCGCGCGCGCUGUGUUAAUAGUUCGGAACGAGGCGUCCGCGCGCCGACAGCAUAAUGAACGUAACUAUGGACACUGACAUUAUAAUGACUUCCGAAGGCAUGGAUGGCGUAUUGCGAGCGAAAAUAAUAACCAUGGUGACGCUAUUCGGUGUCUCCAUGCUAUUUGGAUGCUUACCCAUGCUCAUUUCACUAAAAUUCGACUGGUUUACGAAAAGCACCGGUACUGAUGUGCGGACUUCCAAUCAGUUUGUGAUGGGGCUGCUGGCGUUUGGUGGAGGUGUUCUAUUUGCCACCACUUUUAUGCAUUUGCUGCCGGAGGUGGAUUUAAACAUACAGCUGCUUCAAGAGGCUGGUGAUCUCGCAGACAUACCGCUGUACCUGGCCGCCCUCAUAAUGUGCGGGGGCUUCUUCAUGAUGUAUUUAAUCGAGGAGUUGGUACACGUUUACAUCAACAGCAGAGAGAACAAGACUGCCAACACUAGCUUUACUAGAGUCCUUAGUAUUAGAAGAACAAGUGUGCCUGAUACACCGGAACCUUUAAAGGAGGUUAACGUCCCGAAGAGUCAUGGGCACGGCCAUAGUCACCAACCUUUGGUGUCUGGAGACGAUCCUGUGACGCAGACGCUGAGGGGGCUCUUGAUUGUGUUGGCGUUGUCGAUCCAUGAGCUUUUUGAAGGGUUGGCUGUUGGAUUGGAGGCUUCUGCAGCGAAUGUGUGGUACAUGUUUGGUGCAGUCUCAGCUCACAAAUACAUCAUCGCCUUCUGCAUCGGCGUGGAGCUCAUAGCCGCCGGCACCAAGCGGUGGCUGUCUUUGGUCUACAUCUUCACGUUCUCGUUCGUGUCCGGGCUGGGUAUCGGCGUCGGGAUCCUGCUGGUCGGCGGUGCUGGCGCGGCUGAGGCUGGACUCUACUCAGUUAUACUGCAGGGCCUAGCAUGUGGCACGCUGAUGUACGUGGUGUUCUUCGAAGUGUGGCGGCAGGACCGCUCGGGAAUACUCCAGUUCGUCUGCUCCGUGCUAGGAUUCGUUGUCAUGGUGUCGCUGGAGCUGGUCGUGGAACUCUUCGUCGUUCCAGAUUAGCAGAACAAUUAGAAUCUAUUACCACAAAAUGUAUGUGUUUGAUCACAAUCCCAGUGCUUCCAAAUAACGGUGGGAAGAAGUUGAUAACUCCAGAUAUAAAAUUGAAGAAAUUUGAACCUUAUGUAAUUCUACUAUAUUUGAAGUUCAAUUUAACGAAUUAUCAACUUCUUACCUCAGUGUACGUAUAUAAACUACUAACAUUAAGUAGGUACUUCAGGGGCCCAUUUCUCAAACGGUAUUAGACUAAUAUUAUUAGUCUACAAACUGUCAAAUCGUAUGGGUUCAACAUACUAAUAAUAUUAGCCUAAUAUGGUCCGAGAAAUAGGUCCCAGCUUCAUGUAUUAAAUGAAUUCAGACUCUUAGGAUUGGAUAUCUAAAUCUAAUUUACCCUCAAACGGUUCAACUUUUAUUGCUGUGCCGCUUCUAUUGGGCUACGUACGUAAGUAAUAUUGUGUAUUAAGAAUGUGAAUAUUAUUAUAAAUACAAACCUAAUUAACAAUAGUAAGAUUAUUAUUGUAAUUUAGGUAAUUAAUAUAUAUAGGUAUGUAAUUCUAGUUGCUAUAAUAAAUGGAUAAAUGGACUUAUGAGGGUAGGUAUAGUCGAGUUACCUAUAAUUGUGUUUGUACAGUAUUAGACAAAUAAGUAUUUUAGUCGUUGAAAAUGCGUUGCAUGUUGAUCAGAAGCAUGUGUUUGUUAAAUAAAGUUUGUAUUAAAGCAACA